AGUUGUGUGUUUUUACAGUGAAGGAGAAAUAUCAGUGCGGGCAGAAGCAGCAGAGGAAACGGACUCUCAGCUGGAACAUCUCCCCCCUUUCCUCACCGUGGAGCAGUGGAGCGGACUGACUGCUGACUUAAACCGCGUCUGUGAAUCUCGGCGGCGGGUCUACGUGUGUGUCUUCGUGCGAGGAAACUGAGCUCCUGAUCCAGUUUGGCUGUGAGGACGAAACAUUAGUCUGCUACACGGCCUUAACCAGAGUCUAAGAUGCCCUAGGCAGGAGAAGGGAAAUGUAAAUGGCUUCCAAAGUAAAAGAUGCUGUGGUGUGGUACCAGAAAAAGAUUGGCGCCUAUGACCAACAGAUUUGGGAGAAAUCAGUCGAACAGCGAGAGAUUAAGGGCUUGAGGAACAAGCCAAAGAAGACAGGACAUGUAAAACAAGAUCUUAUCGAUGUGGACCUGGUUAGAGGUUCGGCCUUUGCCAAAGCCAAACCAGAGAGUCCAUGGACGUCACUGACCAGGAAAGGCAUCGUCCGAGUCGUCUUCUUCCCGUUCUUUUAUCGCUGGUGGAUCCAGGUCACGUCCAGAACCAUUUUCCUACUGCUGCUGGCUCUUUAUUUGCUCCAAGCGGCAGCAGCACUUCUCUACGUGUCCAUCCCUCAGCCUCAUGGGAUCCCAGCCACGGAGGUGUUUGGAGCCAUCUGGCUCAUGCUGCUGCUGGGCACCGUCCACUGUCAGAUCGUGUCCACCAGGACCCCGAAACCAGCCUCCAGCAGCGGGGGGAAGAGACGCAGGAAGUUGAGGAAGGCAUCUCAGAUGGAGGUGCAUAGGGAAGGCGACGGGUCUAGCACUACCGAUAACACACAGGAGGGGGCGCCACAUUCCCACUCAGCCAGCAGCACCACAUACAGCCUGGGCACUCUCUUCCAAGAUUUCUGGCAUGAUAUCUGUAAAGCUGGAUCAAAGAAGUCCAAGCUCUCCAUAGACAAAUCCACAGAGACGGACAAUGGCUACGUGUCGCUGGACGGCCGCGUGACCAAUCGCAGCAGCGAGGAGGGGCUCCAGCUCCACGAGCAGCGGUGUGACUUGGUAAACAAGGCCGACGAGGUUUGCUGGAACGCUCCCGUCCCGCCAACGCACGUCGCCCGCAACACGGGACUGAUGCUGACCAAUGGCAACAAGGAGCCAGCGUCAGACGAGGCGUCCAGCGAGGAGGAUCCUGAGGCGUCCUACAGCGCCCUCCGCAGGGGAGUGGAAAGAAUAAACAACGACUGCACACUCAGAAACCGCAAGAACUCGCACCACCACUACAAGAAACACUACGCUGUAGAGGACGUCUCCAAGUCCGGCACCAGCUGCAGCUCCAGAUGCUCCAGUCUGAGGACUCAGGACUCUGAGAGCACUCGACACGAGUCCGAGACAGAAGACCUGAUGUGGGAAGACUUCCUUCACUGUGCCGAGUGCAGGUCCUCGUGCACCUCAGAAACAGAGGGAGAGGCCGGAGGAACCGUGUGCACCCCGGCUAAGAAGGAAUACAGAGACGACCCUUUUCAUCAGGGUCACGUUCCCUGGCUUCACAGCUCCAACCCCGGCCUGGAGAGAGUGAGCGCCAUCGUGUGGGAGGGAAACGAGUGCAAGAAGGCCGACAUGUCCGUCCUGGAGAUCAGCGGCAUGAUCAUGAACCGAGUUAAUCUCUACACUCCUGGUUUUGGUUACCAGGUCUUUGGGAACCUGGUUUCAGUGACGCUUGGUCUCACACCUUUUGCCUACAGACUGUCUCAGUACAGAGACUUGGAUCAGCUGACUGCACUCUCAGCCAAUGAGCUCCUGUCUGUGGCCCUGGGGGGCGGGUCUGGAUCGGACUCACUGGUCAUCACGAUGGUGACGCUGAGCUUUCUGGUGCGCGUUUGCCUCAUAUGGCUCUUCUUCUUCCUGCUCAGUGUGGCAGAGAGAACCUACAAGCAGAGGCUACUGUUCGCCAAGCUGUUUGGUCACCUGACGUCGGCUCGCCGAGCCAGGAAGUCUGAGGUUCCCCAUUUCAGACUGAAGAAGGUUCAGAACAUCAAGAUGUGGCUGUCGCUGCGCUCCUACCUCAAGAGACGCGGGCCUCAGCGCUCCGUGGACGUGAUCGUGUCGUCAGCCUUCCUCCUCACACUGUCCGUCGUCUUCAUCUGCUGCGCUCAGUUGCUCCACGUCCACGAAACGUUCCUGGAGUGUCACUAUAACUGGGAGCUGGUGAUCUGGUGCUCCAGUCUGUCUCUGUUCCUGCUCAGGUUCGUCACUCUGGGCUCCGAGACCAGCAAGAAGUACAGCAACACGUCCAUACUGCUCACAGAACAGAUCAACCUGUAUCUGAAGAUGGAGAAGAAACCGAACAAGAAAGAAGAACUGACGCUGGUCAACAACGUGUUAAAACUGGCCACCAAACUAUUAAAGGAGCUGGACACGCCGUUCAGGUUGUACGGUUUGACCAUGAACCCUCUGCUCUACAACAUCACGCAGGUGGUCAUUCUGUCCGCUGUGUCCGGCGUCAUCUCUGACCUGUUAGGGUUUAACCUGAAGCUGUGGAAGAUCAAAUCGUGACAGUGAAAGGAUGAAAACAAAACCACGGUGUGGAGCUGUCGAUCUCACUGACCUGAAGACUGGAAGUCAGUCUCACAUGCGAGUGCUCUGACCUUCAACGUUCUCACUUUGUGCACUUCACAAAAAAACUUAUUUAUUUACCCACUCAGUGUUUUUAUUUAGGGUUUAUUUGAAUUCUAGUUUGUUUCUAUUUUUUUUUGUGUAUUAUGACACAAAGACCAUGCUAUUUUACCCAUCUACAUAAAGUAUUAUAAGCAUAAAUUAUUAUCAUUAUUAUUAUUAUUAAUGUUAUUGUGAUAGUUUAGGCUCGAAGCUGUGUUGGCGUUUUUUUCCGUUUUAAUUUUGCAAGUUUUGAAAGCAACAUUUUUAAGUGCUGACUUGGACGGAAAUCUUUAACGUUUUAUUUGCUUAAACUGAAGAUUAUUUAUGUAUGAGUUUGAAAAAAAAAAAAACAUGAGUCAUUUUUCUUCUGACAAACUUUCUUAUAUUUUACUACACGUGAAAACUUUCUUAGGCCGUAAAAGGAAUUAAGAAACAUUUACUUUGAAACCGUUGUGAUCAAGUUAGAAUCCUCUUUAUUAUCCUUGAACUUGGGCUCGUUUAGUAUCAAUCCCGGUCGUUGUUUGUUUGAAGUUAACAUUCAACUACGCCAGUUUAAAUCCUAAUCUCAGAUUU